AUGUCUUCUGCGCGCACGCCUCCUCAUGAAGACAUAGCUCUACCUACUCUUGCCAAUAUCAAUGCUACCAUCACUUCCCACGUAGACUCUGACUCCUCUAAUACAACGGCCACCAACUCAGACGAUGAAUUCGACUGGGACGCCGACGAGGAUGCAGCAACUAUUCAUCAACAAGCGGAUCAGUCCUCUAAGGCCAAGCGUGGUCGGUUUCUCUACCUGGCUUUCAUGAAGCUCUCAAGACCUAUCAGGACAUUUCUCAUCGGUGUUAGUGGUGUGGGCAUCCUCAUUACGCCUUUCUUGCUCUUCCAACUGCGCUUCACACACAGCGUUGCUCGGCCUCACGUUCACGCGUGGUCUCUUUGGCUCGCAAUCACUUGGGCGGCUGGCUGUGUCACUUCCCUUGUGGUCGACCUCGUGCCUCGUCUCUUCAUCGGUGUAAUGGUCUUGAUCGGAUACAAGCUAAUUUUCGCAAUCUCUGGGUGGUUGAAACUUGUGUUAGAUAUAUCUUGGGCAUGGAUCGCGCUCUCCGUCAUCAGGGCCAUCCUCAAACCUCCUGGAUCGUACUGGGUUGUCAUCAAUCGUGUCAUGCAGGCUCUCUUCUCUGCAGCUGUCAUUGUAUUAGUUGAGAAGACAUUCCUUCACAUGAUCGCAAUAAACUUUCAUGAGAGGGCCCUAGCAGACCGGCUCGCGGAGAAUCGUCUCGGACUUAAAGCUCUUGAUCGGCUGUCCAAUGCACAGCCAGUGCAGGUCAAGAAGACUCCGUACGGCAAGAAAGGACACAAGAGCUUCGGUAACUCAAUGGGUACAUCGCUGGAUUUGUUUGGGUUUCGUGAAAAGAAGGAGGGGCAGGACGGUCAAGCAUCUUCUUCAAGUCCAUCACCUGUUCACGAAAAGGAAGACAGUCAUCCUACGGAGAACCCUUUCAACAACAAGACGAGCUCUGCAGAACGGAAAAGGCGCAGGAAGAAGGCAGUCGCAGCUGUUAUAGUUGACCAAGUCGGAGGUGCCAUUGGGCAAGUGGCCCUCAAGAAUUCCAAGUUCAACCGCGAACAGGGACUUGGCGAUCUCCACUCUGCACGCAAACUGGCUAGGAAGCUGUUUAGCGCAUUAAGCGAUGCCUAUCCGCCGAGGUCCCACCUUGUUGUCGAGGACUUCGAUCCGUAUUUUCGCUCUACGUCCGAAUCACAUGCUGCCUUCGCACUUUUUGAUAAGGAUGGCAACGGUGACAUCAGUAAGAAAGAGAUGCGGGAAGCCGUGCAAAGAAUCUAUCGGGAGCGGAAGGCUCUAACUUCCAGCUUGAAGGAUGUCAGCUCGGUCGUCGCAAAACUAGAUGCAGUUCUCCUUUGCGUGGCGCUCGUGGGCAUUGUCUUCGUUUGCCUUCUAAUAUUCAAUAAAAGCAAUACACUGGCAUCCCUCGUCCCACUUGCAACCAUAAUCUUGGGUUUCUCGUUCAUCUUCGGCCAUUCCGCUCAGACUUUAUUUGAGUCGUUGAUAUUCAUCUUCGCAACGCACGUUUUUGAUGUUGGAGAUCUUGUCAUGAUUGAUGACCAGCCUCUCUUCGUCAAGGAAUUUGGUCUUUUUUCAACCACUUUCCGCCGUGUGGAUGGACAGGAGAUCAUUGCACCCAAUGCCCUGCUAUCAAGUGCAAAGCUCGUGCAUAACUUGAGACGCAGCUCUUCAAUGUGGGAGAGCACUAACUUGAUGAUUGCUUACGAGACGUCGCUUGAGAUCAUUGAGCAGCUCAAGAUCCGUAUGAACGCUUAUGUAGUCCAAAACAGUCGUGAAUGGUCGGGCUUAGGUAUCAAUAUCGAUAAGAUGGAAUACCAGAAUGCUAUUCAUCUCAUUGUUGCUAUGGAGCAUCGAUCUAACUGGCAAGAUUGGGGCGGACGCUGGAUGCGCCGUACAGCUUUCAUGCGCCACCUGAAGACUGUACUUGAGGAUCUCAACGUCAAGUACACGAUGCCAGUGCAGCCCGUCUUGAUACCCAAUCCCCCUAAGGGCUUUACUCAAUCCCCGCAAAUGCAUCGGGAUGGCCCACAUCAUGUGAGACGUGAGGAUUUGGGCAACGCAGGGUCAUUCCAAGGUAGUGAAUACAUGCGGAGAGCCCCAGGGCCCACACUCCAGCCUGGUGAUAGUACCUUCUGAUUUUUCGUUUCUGAUGGACCGGAAGAAGCAGGAAGGUUAUGUAGAUAGAUAUUGCUGAUGCAUGCAUCAGCUGUAGUGGCAGUGGGAGCAAUCUAUACUCAAUGCUUCAUC